AUGCCGGGUCUACCUGCUAGCAUCGAUCUUGAUGAAUGCAUCACCCAACUGUACAAGAAAAACCUCCUGGCCGAAUCCCUGAUUGAGGCAAUAUGUGCAAAAGCAAAGGAGAUGUUGAUGAAGGAGAGCAAUGUGGUCCAUAUAUUAGCUCCUGUCACCGUCGUCGGCGAUAUCCAUGGCCAGUUUUUUGACAUGUUGGAAAUCUUCAAGAUCGGUGGCUUUUGUCCAGAUACCAACUACCUAUUCCUCGGCGACUACGUGGACCGUGGUCUGUUCAGCGUCGAGACGAUUUCUCUUCUUGUUUGCUUAAAGUUAAGAUACCCCCAACGCGUCCAUCUCAUUCGAGGCAAUCAUGAAUCACGAGGCGUCACGCAAUCCUACGGCUUCUACACGGAAUGCGCACGAAAGUACGGCAAUGCAAAUGUUUGGCACUAUUUCACCGAUAUGUUCGAUUUCCUUACCCUGAGCGUCGUCAUCAACAAUCAGAUCUUUUGCGUUCACGGCGGCCUGUCUCCGUCCAUCCACUCCAUCGACCAAAUCAAAAUCAUUGACAGAUACCGAGAAAUCCCCCACGAAGGACCGAUGGCGGACUUGGUAUGGUCAGACCCCGACCCGGAGCGAGACGAAUUUUCGCUGUCGCCGAGAGGAGCUGGAUAUACUUUUGGCGGGGAUGUGGUGAAAAAGUUCCUGCAAGUCAAUAGUAUGUCUCAUAUCCUUCGCGCACAUCAGCUGUGUCAGGAGGGCUACCAGGUCUUGUAUGACGAUCGUCUGAGCACCGUCUGGAGUGCUCCAAACUAUUGCUAUCGUUGCGGGAAUCUAGCGAGUGUUCUCGAAGUCAGUGAUGCGGGUGAUCGCUACUUCAAUAUCUUCGAUGCGGCACCGGAGAAUGAUAUCCAUCGAAACGAGCAGCAACAGCAGCAGCAACAGACGCAGGGGAAAGAUGGUCAAGGUUCUCACAUUGAGUACUUUCUCUAG